AUGGCAGCGGUUGCUGAGAUUACCAGUGAGGCUGCAGUGGCUGCCAACAACAGCAACGCCACCAACAGAAAUGAAAACAACAAUAAUUCGGAUUCAGAAACAAAGCCACCAUCAGAAUCUGAAUUCACAGUUCAAAAGCUUGUGGAUAUGUUCACCAAGUUGAAUCCUUUGGCUAAGGAGUUUUUUCCAUCUUCUUAUAAUAAAAAUAAUCCAAACCAACUUCAUCUCAACAAUUUUGCAGUGCCUAUUAAGCAAUCAGCCAAUGACAACUUCCCUAAAAGGAGAAGAAAUAACUUUAACCAGGGGAGGAGGAGGUUGAAUGGGAGAACUUAUAGAGCUCAACGAGAAGACAGUAUUAGACGAACAGUAUAUGUUUCUGACAUUGAUCAGCAGGUAACCGAAGAGCGGCUUGCUGGCUUAUUUAGUGGUUGUGGACAAGUCUAUCUCCCUGAUCCAGUUAAAGGCAAACUAUCUACACCAAAAUUAGGAGAUUCUUGCGAAAUCACAUCCUCGAGGCUUGACCCUAAGGAGCUGAUAGGGAUGUUUACAAGUCAGGUCCCACAUUUACUUGGAUUGAAGAAUGAAAAAGUGACCAAAAUUCUGCGCCUGAGCUAUAAACAACCAGAUAGCCUAGGAUUAUCAACCAAUUGUGUUGUUGACUGCCGGGUUUGUGGUGAUCCACAUUCAGUUCUUCGAUUUGCAUUUGUGGAGUUUGCUGAUGAGCAAGGGGCAAGAGCAGCUUUAAACCUCGGAGGGACCAUGCUAGGAUACUAUCCAGUCAGAGUGCUACCUUCAAAAACUGCUAUCCUUCCAGUGAAUCCUACAUUCCUCCCUAGGUCUGAAGAUGAACGGGAGAUGUGCACCAGGACAGUCUAUUGUACAAAUAUCGAUAAAAAGGUUUCUCAAGCUGAAGUCAAGAAUUUCUUUGAAUCAAUAUGUGGCGAGGUUACCCGCUUGAGGCUUUUAGGGGAUCAUGUGCAUUCAACUCGUAUAGCAUUUGUUGAAUUUGCUAUGGCAGAAAGUGCCAUUGUUGCACUGAAUUGUAGUGGGAUGGUCCUGGCAUCCCAGCCUGUCAGCCACCCAUACGAGCUGGAACGAUACUAUCGUCUACAAUGUAUUCAAUCUUGUCUUCACACUGAUGAGACUUCUAAGAGCUACCCUGGUCUGGUACAAAUCAACGAUAAUAGAGUUAGUGAAGAUAUGACUGCGAAAGAUGUAGCAACUGAAGAACAUACUCAAAAUAAAGGGACAACACCUGCAGAGGAAAGUUAA